GGGUAUUAUCAUCAUGAUUGAUCGGCUGGCUACUGAGUCGUCCAUCCAUCCGUCCAUCCUUCAUCCAUCUGCUUGAAAGUCCGCCAUCUGCUGCACUCACUGCAUGCGCCAUCAACACGCACACACAUACACACACCGGUUCUCGCAGCUCACACGUCAAGAGAGUAGUCAGUCGAAGGAGUCAGUCAGUCAGUCAGGCAGACAGGCAGCCGUUCGUCUACACACCUUCUCAAGCUCCACGAAGCAGUCAGCGGCAUAGCAUAGCGUAGCAUAGCGUAGCACCGGUCAUUCCAUUCAGGCAGCCUGUUGUUUGGCUGCGCGUGAAGUGAACUUACUUGCCACCCAUCCCCUCCCGCGCCCCCACCCACCACACGGCGUGUCCCAUCAUCUUGCCUUGCCCAGCCCAAACUGUGUGUGUGUGCUGGUCUGUCGAGUCGAUAGCGUCGGCUGGUAGAGAUGUGAUGAGCCAGGCAGGAAGGAAGAAAGGCAGCCAGGCAGCCAGGCGGCGGCGUACGCACGAGUCUGUAUAGCUUAUGUAAGUAUCUACAAUCCCACCGGUGCUCUGCUCUCCUUCUACCCUCCCCUGCCCUCCCCCCGAUUAAACUCACAAAUGAGUCAGUCGACCAAUGCAAUCAGACACGCACACACAGGCACACUGACAGGGAAGCAGGCAAACAGGCAGACAGGAAAAGAGAGAGAGAGAGAGAGAGACCUGACUUCCAUCAAUCAGACGGACAGACAGACAGACAGACAGACAGAGAGAGAGAGAAGCGGCAGGGAGGGAGGGAGCGGGCUGGAGGCAGGGAGGGUGACGCAGCGCAGCCCCGCUCGUCUGAUCUGACCACGCCACGUCACGUCGGCCCGGCCAUGCCGUCCACCACAGCUCACUCAAGCACUCAAACUCUCUCAGCUAGCUAGUCUCAGCAGCACGCCUUGCCUUGGCCCUUUCCCAUCCCAUCUGUCUGCCGAUCCUCUCUCGUCAGUCAAUCAUUGUGUGUCAGUCAUUGUGUAUCAUUGUAUUACAAUCUGUAUGGCCGCUAGCUACUGGCCUGGCAGGCUGCCAUCAGGCAGCCCGACCAAACCGAUCAACCAACCGCUCCAAAGGGUCGAGAGAGACGAGACAGCAAAACCGCCGCCCGCCCGCCCGCCCGCCCGCCCGCCCAAAUCGCCAAGUCUACGCUAACUCAGUGGUCGACAACCAUGCAGUCAGUGAGUCGCUCAGUCACUUGCCCCUCCCCCUCCCCCUCCCCCCCGCCCUGCGUGAGUGUGUGUGGCUAACCUAACUGAGGUGUGUGUGUGUGUGUGCUAGAUUAGAUGGGUGUGGGUGCGACGUCGACUAUGGUCCUGGUGGUAUCGACGUAGGUGAGCAGGAGGGCCCCCGCGUGGUUCAGGACCUCGCACUCGCGCUUCUCGGAUAUCAUGCGGUCGUCACAGCUGAUCCUAAACACACACACACACCACCACACAGCCCGCAUUACGCCCAAUCGACCCACCCACCCCAGGCAUCCGCCCGUCCUCUCACCAUUUGUCGUGGCCGCGUCUGACGAAUGCGCUGAAGUGCCCCACGUGGGCCUCCUCGCCGUGGUGGACCACCACCGACACGAGCUGGUAGCUGGGGGGCGGGGCCGGGGCGUUGUCAGGCUCGGCGAGGUGGGGGUGCGCCGCGCGCCAACGGGAGUACUCCUCCCACUUGUGACGCUCCUCAUACCGCCACCUACACACACACACACACACACACACGUAUAGCCGCGCAUGGUGGGGAUGGUUGUGCUGGCUGGUCCGGCAGGCAGUGGCAGUGGCAGUGGGUCGGACCAGUCGAAGUUGAAUUGGAGUUCUCGGCCGUACUCGAUGACCUUGCCCGUCUUGAUAGCCUGGAGCGCACCAAAACCCGUGCGCUUCAAGCUCAACACCAGGAUCUGACAGACAGACACCCACCCCACACAAGCAGAGAGAGAAACGACACACAUCACACAUCACCUACUCUGCCUGUGUGGUGUGGCGUGUUGGCUGUCUGUCUGCGUCGGUUGCCUACGGGGGGCCAGGUCUCGACGAAGAGUUUGUGAUAGAUGUGCCGGUGCUUGGGGUCGGCGCGCAGGACCUCCUCCUCGUCGCGGUCCACCAUGGUGCAGCAGAUGGCGUCCCUGCAGGUGACGUGAGGCACAGGUGGUCAGUGGGAUAAUGGGUCUGUGUGCGUCUGUGAGCGUCUGUGUGUGUCUGUGUGUGUGUGUGUCUGUGCGGCUUGCGUACUCGAUGGUUCUGAUUGUGGUGUCGGUGAUGGCGAGGUCGAGUGUCCAGAAGGCCUCGGGCUUCCACGUCAACUUGCUCUUGUCUGAUGAAUGGAGAGGGGUCAAGGCACACACACACACACAGACACAGACACACAGACACAAGUGGAGUGGCCAAACGAACGAACGAACGAUUCUUGUGUCGGCGGAUCGGUCGCUCGUUCACUCACUCACUCACCGUUGUCAGACUGCACGACCCGCGACACCACGCCGGCAAACAGCUUGCUGAUGGGGGAUGAGUUGAUGUCCUGCAGAGUGUCGUUGCUGCACACACACACACACACACACACAGGCAUGCACAUGCACACCCCUGCCGAUGCGCAGCUUGUCAAGGUGGUGUGUCUACGCGUGGUUGGCGGCUGGUGGAUCGGUGGAAGACGACGACGGCUUGGAUGGCUGUGGGGGCGGUGGCGACUGGGACGAGAGCCGCCCGAGGCUCUGACAAUACAAUCCAAUACAAUCCAAUGCACCACCAAGCGAGAUAUGCACUCACUCACGCACCCCUCGGCGGUAGAUGCUCUCUUUGUGGAGGUUGUUGAGUAGGUCGAGAAGAAACUCCUGAGGGUCAGACUGCACACCACCGAAGGCAUGACCAGCUGCACACACCACACCACACCACACCACAUCACAUCAUCUGACCUGACUGACACAGAUGUGUUUGUUGUGUGCAGUGCAGUCAUCUGACUGAUCUGUGUGUGCAGGUGAGUGAGGUGACCUCUGCCACGGUGGUCGGGGUGGCUCUGGCUCUGGCUGUUCUCGAACUCCUUGAUGACAGUCUCGAAGAAGGCCGAGGCGUAGAGGGCCGGGAGGGCGGUGUCCUCGCCAGCCAGCGACCCCUUCUCGGGACCCUUGUCGCUCAAACUCUCGGUAUAAGCCACUUGCACAUCUGUCAAACACACACACACACACACACAGAGAGAGAGAGAGAGAUGGAGGUGCUGACGACUGUGCGCGUCUGUGUAUGUGUGUAUCGUCCGUCGCCUACAGUUGUCCCUGUCCUUGUGGUGCUCAAGGAUGGGCUGGCAGAUGUCCCGCAGCCUCUGGGUGCGCUCAUGCUCCUUGUCGAGGGUCGCCUGGUUCUUGGCGCGGUAGAACUCGGCGAAGAUCGCCCGAAAGGCCGCGUGGAAGGGGUAGUGCAGACGGUGCUGUUCCCUCCACUCACGGUCGUACUGCGCCGCAUUGGCCAAACCCUGCCACACGCACACGCACACAACGGGGAGACACACAGAACCGAUUUGUGUGCGUCUCUCGGUUGUGUGUGUGAGGGUCGAAAUCUACCUCUGCCGAUAGCGAGAGGUACUCUGCGAACCACUGUAGCGGCAGCAUUCCCUGGAUCAACUGACGGACACACCACACCACACCACACCAAACCACACCACACCACACCACGUGUGUGUGUGAGUGUGUGUGUGUUGGUUGGGUGUUUGUUUACAUACCGCAUUGAGAUAGCAGUAGUUCUUGAUGUUUUCGAGGCCGCGGGGCUGCCACAGUGGCUCGCCAUCGGGCAGCGCCUCGUCUUCAUCCUACACACACACAGACACAACACAAGCGACGGGCGGAUGGAUGGAUUGUGAGUGCAUCGCUGCAUGCCGGCUGUUUGCCUCACUCACUGACCCGUUUGAGGAUGAGCAGCUCCUUCUCGUAUUCGAGGAUCUUGGACGAUACCGUGGCCAGGUGCGGAAGCCAAUGAGGGUUACAAUCAACCGCCGCACUAGAGCGGCGCCGAACAUAUUGCUCAAACUGACCACACACACACACACAGACAGAGCCAAUACAGAUGACACUCGGCGCCACAGACACACACCUGCCCCGCCAGAACUCACCAAGUGCACGCGCAGCCUCUCGUGGGGCUUGAGGUCGCGCAGUUCCAUGGUGCGGGCAUCCUUGAGGGCGAAGUAGAGGCCUCGUGUGAUGACGCUGAACUGCCCCCCUCUCGCCAUCAAGUUGCACUUGAGGCUGUCCGUCAUCCAGUUGGUCGACAGCAGCCGCGGCUUCUUGGCGAACUCCAUGUCGGCACGGCCCUCCCCGCCCCUCCCCCCUGCGGCGCCAGGGGCCACCACGGCCGAGGGCGUGCCGGGGGGCGGACCCCAGACGGACCCAGAUGACGUCGACUUGGGCGGCGGGGGCGAGGGACCGGGCAGAGACGAAGGCUUGAUGAGCGGCAUUUGCGGCUGCACCACGCUGCCAUCGCCGUACCCGUCCACGCGAAUCAUCCCGUGCGGCACAGUGUGACCGCUCGCACCGGUGGUCCAGGCCUCCUCCAACUCGUGAGAUGAAGUCCCCGCAUCGCCCCCCUGCUGCCGUCCAGUGGCGAUGCCCCUGCCCGCGCCACGCCUGUCACCCAUGCGGCCUGCUGGCGGCGGAAGGACCUUGAGCUCAGCGGGCAUCGGUGGGGCGGGGUAUGGCCCGGCCGGCUUGGGGUCCACACGCAGGAUUUGGGGGGGCGGGUGCGAUGGGGCGACGACCGACGAGGCCGGUGUGCUGACGGGGGGUGUGAGGGAGGGCUCCGGUCGGUCAUCUCUCUCUCUGGAAUGCCUCACGACUCGCACGAAGAAGUGACAGAGUGGCGAGAGUUGUGGGAAGUCGUAGAGCUCGAGCUUGAACCACUUGGCCUUGCGGCCGUUCCAGUCGAGCUUGACCACGAUGUUGUCCCACGUGUGCGGCACCCCGUCCCUCGCCUCGGCCACGUCCUUGUCCUCGGCCGCCUCACACGCCGUCGCCACCGCCUCAGCCAAACCCUGCAUGAACCGCUCGUCGUCUCCACUCACAUACGUCAACAGGGCGCUGGGGGCCGACACAGAUGAGGAGGAGGAGGAGGACGCAGCAGCAGCGGCGAUGGCGGCCUGGCUGGUCUUGCGUGCCUUGUUGUGGUCCUCACAGGCCCUCUUGAUGCGCGAGAGGUACCAGCUGACGACCGACCGCUUGAUGUGGACGCCGCCCUCGGGGCUCUUGGUGUUGUCGAGCAGGCGGGGGUGCUGGAUGAACCAGAUGUCGGUGUCGUCGUCUGCGUCGCUGUCGGAGCACCGCCCGCCGUACUUGGUCACCGGCCGGGGCGACGAGGCACAGGAGCCGGGCGGCACCUCCUCUCUCGGCGGCGCCUCACGCGCCGGUCUGGCCCUCGACUUGUCCCUCUUGUCCUCCUUGCCACCCGCUUCGGGCUUGGGCUUGGGGCGAUGGACGAAGCGGCUGAGCUGCUCGCUCUCGCUUAUGUCGUCCUCCUCCUCGUUGUCUUGCUCGUCAUUGUCCUUGUCGGACGCACCCUGGUCGCCCUCGACCUCCUCGGGUGGCGGGGCCGCAGCGGCCGCUGCUGCCUGGCGUCGCUUGUUCUCCUCCUCCUUCUCCUUCUGCUUGCGGGCCUUGCGGGCCUUCCUGUCCUUCUUGGUCUCCUCGUCGGACAGCUCGACGCCGAGUGCCUUCUGGGCCUCGCGGGCUCGCAGCUCGGCCGCCUGCUGCUUCUCCCUCACGGCCUGUUCAUCCUUGGCGUGGUCGCCCCUGCCCUUGUCCUUCUCGGCCUUGCGCUGCUUCUUCUUCUGGGCCUUCUCGUGCUUCUCGCGCAGCUCCUCACGCUUGACCUCUGAGCGGUUCUUGGCCUUGGACUCCUCACGAGACUCCUCGGGCGACACGCCCAUGGCGAUCUUCGCCAACACCUCUGAACACACGAACCAACGAACAACGAGGGAGGGAGGGGAGGGACACCGCACAGCCAUACAUCCAUCGUGUUGUGCCGUAUUGUGGUGUGGGUGGGGCUGCGUGGCGUGGUGGAGGGGCGGGUGGGUACCCACCGGUGUCCUUUGUGAGUGAGCCCUUCUCAGAGGUGAGCCUGUUGAUUCCCUCGGUGGCUUUCUGUAUCUUGUCGUCGAGGUCGGCGAUGCUGGCGGCGCUCAAGCCCUUCUUGGCCCGAUCUCUCUUGAGUCUGUUGAGUUGCUCCUGCGCAGCCGGCAGCAGCUUCUCGAUGACUUCAAGCCUCUUCUUCUUGAUCUCCAACUCUUUCACACGAUGCGAUUGGUCGUCCUGCAGCACAACGACAGACAGACAGACAGACAGACACUCAUUGGUGGAUGGGCUGUGUGUGUGUUGUGUGGUGCACACCAUUCGUCUGUUGUCGUCCGAGUGGUCGUCGCCCAUGUCGCUGCCGCCGACCAUCAACUGCCAGGUCCUCUCGCCACCACCGCCACACUCCCUUGCCUGAUCCUGGAAAUCCUGAACACACACACACACACACACACGACACACGACACGUGAGCGAUGCGCGUGAUGCCCUGCCCCCCCUCUGUGCAAACAUGUCUGUCUGUCUGUGUGUGUGUGUGUGUGUCUGUCUGUCUUUCUUUCUUUCUUUCUUUCUCAGUGGCUGGCUCACUGACUGACCAUAUGGAGUAUUUUGUUGAUGAUGAGUUUGACGAGUGUGAGGAGGAUCUUCUUGGUCUCGACCUUGGAGCGGCCGAAGGGCAGCUUCUUCUUGCGCCACUUCUCGCCCUUGCACUUGAGGGCGUCCUCCGCCCACUCCUCGAACUGCCGGCGGCCGCUCUCCUCGUCCUGGGCGCUGGGCUCCUUGGGGGCCGUCCCCGUCGCAUUGAGAAACAUGUCGACGUUGCCCUUCCCCAUGUCGGCAAUGACGCGACGCAAGUGCAAGUUGAUGAUGCGGCUCCAGUUCUGCUCGGCCCGUUGGCGCGCCUCCCGCACGCGCUGCUUCAUGAUCUCGGUGGCAGCCUCGAUGGCCUCGGGCAUGUUCCACUGUUGGUCGAUGUAGUUGGUGGCGUGGUGGCAGAUGGUCUUGAUGAGCUCGCUGUCCUCCUGCUCGACCAUCAUGCGAUCCACGACCUGCCCAAGGUCCUCAAGGUACUGCCGCUCCUCCUCCUUGGCCGCCUGCUCCUUCCGGCUCGUCUUGGUCUUGCGGCUGCUCAGCACCUCGCUCUCCUCAUCGGCCUCUUCACGCUCCUUGUCCUUGUCCUUGUCAUCAUCCUCGCCACGAACGACCGCAGACGACGCCGCCCCCCUCCCGCCGCUGCCGUUCCUCCUGCCGUCCUGCGUGCGUUUCUCGUGGUAGUUGGCGACGAGGCGCUUGACGUGGUCGUGGAGCUGCACCUGCUGGUUGUGCGCCCGCUCCAUGUGCAGGCGGUUGUUGAACGCCUCGGGGUGGAAGCGCCGCAUGGAGGCCUCCAGCGUGAUGCACUGCCGGAUCCGACGCGCACCCUCAGCGUCGUCCUCGGAGUCGUUGACGGCCUCGCGCAUGUCCGGGUGGAGAUGGAUGUGGCGAUUGAGGCUGCGGAGGUGGUCACGGUGAGGGGGCAGGCGGCCGUCCCGGUCACGCAGGUUCAGGAAGUCCUCAAGUCCAUCGUCAUCAUCGCUCUCCGUGUCGUCCCCUCCGUCCCCGUUCUCAUCAUCAUCAGAAUAGUGGGGGGAAUCGUCGGGGCGCCUCUCGGGCUGCCGCCGCCCGCUGGGGGGACGGGCCUCAUUCUCUGUCUCGGGGACCGUCGACGUCUCGUCCGGGGCGUCGGCGGCGUCGUGGUACUCGUUGUUGUCAUUCUCGAAAUCGUCGAAGGCGUCAUCGAAGGGGUCAUGGAACUCCUCGCCAACGCCAACGCCAACGCCACCGCCACCACCCACACCCGACCGGCGCUGCCCUGCGCGGUCUGGCCGACUGCCCAACACCCCGCCGCCCAUCGAGGGCAGGAAGUUGCCCACCGAUGUGUAGGGUGCUGCACGGGGGUAGAUGGUGGGGGGUGCGGGAGGGACAGGCCGUGUGGGGAUGGGGUGAGGGAAGGCAGGCAGGCCCGGUGCUCUCGUCGACCCCAACAGAGGGUCCAUCCCCGAUUGGCUGUCGGGAGUGUCGUUGACCUCAUCCUCAGGGUGCCAAUCUGGACCAUACAGAUCCUCGGGGGGGCCGUCCAGACGCGACAGUGACUCGUUCGCUUCUGGAGGCCUGAUCCUCGCCGAAUGGAUCAUGGUGUCCACCAGCCGUGGAAUAUCCCUAUCCGAAUGGAUCAUGGUGUCCACGAACCGUGGAAGAUCCCUCUGCGGGUUCCCGUGCAUGAGCGCCGCUUGGAGGGUUCCCCUCGGCCGGUCUACCAGCUGGGCCGCAAAGCGAAUGAGUUCUUCCGCGGUUUCAGGAUCAAUGGCCCGAGCAGCCUCCGAGGCCUCCCUCCUGUCCCUCCCCCGCCUCUCGUCAGACCGGUCGCGACGAGUGCCAUCAGCACGACCCGUACGCUCGCCCACGAGACUCCCAUUUUGAGCUGUGGGUGAUGCCCUCUGAGCUCCUGUGGGUGAUGCGCCCGUAUCCCCGCCAGCAGGUGAGCCAGGAGGGGGCUGGGCCGGACGCCCCAACAGGAGGGGGAUGUGGGGGGCAGACUCCUCCUCCUCCUCCGCCGUUGAAGACUCAACUGGUGGCGGUGCGGCGGGCGUCUCCUGCGCAGACUUGCUGCCGCGGCCCUGAGGAUGCUUGCCGUUGCUGUCCUGGCGGAGCUUGCCUCGCAGAUUCAUGUCGAAUGAGGAUGCCGCGAUCGAGAUGCGAGCGCCCUCGCCCCUGCGCGUCGACCCCGAGCCAUUUCGCGCAGACGAGGGGGCUGCUCGAUCUCCCGUUCCGUUGAUCAGGCACGAGCCCGCCUCGUCGGCCUUCUUGCCUACUGCUGCCGCCCCGUCGCUGGGCCGUUUGGCGCGACUGGAGAUGCCGACAUCGUCGUCAGGCUCGCUAUCGAGCUCCUCACGGCCCGACAUGUCAUGUCUGGACGGAUGGGCUGGCCCAUGGUGGGCGCCGCCACCAUCCAUCCCCACGACAUAGACCUGCUCCGUCACGGGACCACCCCGGCUGACGGCAGGGACGUGGGCCGCCUUGUCAUCCGAGGCCGGCCGCUUGGGUGCAAACGUAUCGGCCGGUGCUGCGAUGUUGUGCGAGGCCAUGGCGGCCGUGAUAGCCGGCGGCGACCUGUCGUCAUCAGCGGCUCGAUACGAGCGCUUGCCCGUCACUGCCCGGUCUGUCGGCCGCCCGGCCUCCCGCUUCAGGCCGGCCUCAGUGCUGAUUGUGGAUGCGGCAGGGAGGCCGCUGAGCAUGCUGGAGGGGCUGGAGAGGCUGGCGCCUGAACGGGACGUGCCCUCGCCGUCAAUGGUCGACAGGUGAGGUGAGACGAGCGACUCCAGCUCCUCUGAGGGGUGGCGGUGGGCCCUCGGAGGCUCCAACUGCAACAAUGACUCAUCUUCAGCUACAGGACCGCGCGGCCGCCCGACAGCAGGCAGCUGCGUCUCGACUACGGCACUCGACUCGACAGGGGUCUGCUCCUCGUCCUCCUCCACUCCAUCACCCUCACCCGCACCCUCUCCCGCCUCUCCUGUGGCGUCCUUCCGCUCGUUGGGCUGCUCCUCCUCGCUGGCACCGAGUGGAUGCGGGGAGAGUGAGGCGCUUGCGUCUGGUGCGUGUGGUGGGGCGGGGGAGGGGGGAGUUGCCGCCUCGUUGACGGUGUCUUGUGGGGGGAUGUCGUCACUGUCCGUCACGUCCAUACUAUCGGGUGCAUCGUCAGCACGCGGCUCGCCCAUUAACUCAGCUCCUCCGACCGCACCUGCACCACACCACACCACACCACAUCACAAGACACAGUCAAUGUGUGACCGACGGUGUCUGCCGCACGUGUGUGUCGGUCACCCACCUUCUGAGAGGGCCAUGGCGUCCGUCUGCCGCUCCUGUUCAGGAUGCACCUCUUGGUCCAGCUGGUCGAGCAGAGGGAGGGCGGGCGGCGCCGGCUCACCAGUCUCAACCAAUGGGGAGGAAGAGUCGGGACCAGGACCAGACCCAUCACCGACACCAAACGACUCGUCCUGGUCAUCGGACUCCUCCUCGUCAUCCUCCUCAUCUUCGUCCGCGUCGUCGCCGUCACUGCUGGUGUCCUCCUCGCCGUGUGCCCCGUCGUCGUCCGCCUCAGCCGCCACAUCAUCGAUGCCCUCAUCUUCAUCCUCCUGCUGAUCUUCCCUGCCAUCUGUGUCUGUGUGCGCGUAGGGCUGUGGCGUCACUGUGGCAUCUGGUGGCUGGGCGGGGAUGUGCUCCUGCGUCUCCUCGUCGGACUCGUCGGACGAGUCGAGGUCCUCAUCGCCCUCGCCGUCCUCCGCUAUCGCAUCCGCAUGGUCGGCGAAAUGCAU